AUGGCGUCCGGUGUUUUGUACACCUAUCCGGAUAAUUUCCGUGCAUACAAAAUUCUUGUUGCUGCCCAAUACAGCAAUACAGAUAUCAAGGUGAUUUCCGAACCUACAGAAUUUGUCCUUGGCGAGACUAAUAAGAGCGCUGGAUUCUUGGAAAAGUUUCCCCUAGGAAAGGUACCUGCAUUCGAAGGCUCAGAUGGAACUUGCAUUUACGAAACUAACGCUAUUGCCUACUAUGUUUCAAAUGCACAACUACAUGGCAAAACCAAAACCGAUGCUGCCAAAAUUAUGCAGUAUAUAAGCCUAGCUGACAAUGAAGUUUUGCCUCAUGCUUGCUCUUGGGUUUUUCCAACUUACGGGAUAAUGCAGUAUAAUAAACAGGCAAGUCUUAGUAGUUCACUUCAUAUCAGUAAUCAUUUAACUCAAAAUACCGAAAAAGCCAAGGAAGUGAUCUCAUCUAUUUUAAAGGUCCUCAACAAUGACUUGUCCACAAGGACUUUCUUGGUCGGAGAAAGAGUAACCUUGGCUGAUAUCUCUUUGGCGUGCAAUCUGUAUCACUUGUUUAAACAGGUCCUUGAUCCUGCAUUUAGAGCACCUUACCCCAACGUUAACCGAUGGUUUACUACGCUUGUAAAUCAACCUCAAUUCCGUAACGUGAUUGGAGAAUUCAAGUUCUGUGAAAAAAUGGCACAAUUUGAUGCUAAAAGAUUUGCAGAGCUCCAAGGAAAAGACAAGAAGGACCAAGGAAAAGAUAAGAAGGACCAAAAAAAAGAGAAAAAGCAGAAAGAGGAGACAAAGGCCGCGAAACCAAAACCCAAGCCACAAGCAGAUGAUGAUGACGAAAAACCAAAAGAAUCAAAGAAACCUGAUCCUUUUGCCAAUCUUGCUAAAAGUGCCUUCGUACUUGAUGCUUUCAAACGAGUUUAUUCCAACGAGGACACAGAAAAAGUUGCGAUUCCGUACUUUUGGGAAAAUUUCGACAAAGAAGGGUUCUCAAUUUGGAAGGGGGAAUAUAAAUAUCCAGAAGAUCUCAAGAAGAUAUUUAUGUCUUGCAAUUUAGUUAGCGGUAUGUUUCAAAGAAUAGAAAAGUUGAAGAAGCAUGCGUUUGGCAGUGUCUGCAUUUUCGGUAAAGACGGUGAUAGCACUAUUUCAGGAAUCUGGAUAAUGCGCGGACAAGAAUUAAUCUUUAAUCUCGACGAAGAUUGGAAUAUCGAUGCUCCUUCUUACGAAUUCGUUAAACUGGAUGUUGACAAGUCAGACGACAAAAAGCUGAUUAACGAGUAUUUGUUAUGGGAAGGAGAUUUCGGUGGCAGAAAAUUCAAUCAGGGAAAAAUAUUUAAGUAGCUCAACAAUUUAUCAAGGAUCGUUUCUAUCAACGAAUUAUAGCGCAGACUUACUCAAACGAAUGAGGUUAAUGGACUGUAUUCGAUCCUUGUAUUGCAUUGUAUUAUGCAAAAUAGCGUUGUUGUAUACAUUUAUUUUGAGCUAAAUAAAUA